AUGAUGGCCAUUGAAAUGACUGGUGCUGUCUAUUGUCCAUUACCACCUCAAAGUCCUGAUCAACGUCUAUUGUUACUGCUGGAACAAACUCGAAGUCGUCUUGUUCUUGUUCAUGGAAUGACACGAGACAGAUUCAGCAACGAUAUUAGCACGGUAGAUAUUGACGCAACUAUGAAUGGCGAUGCUAUAGUGAGCGGGUAUAAUGCUGAUUGUCUCUUAAGUGUCAUGGUAACACCUGAGUGUGUCGCAACAAUUGUCUUUACAAGUGGUUCAACAGGAACACCUAAAGCGGUUUGGGAUAUGUACGGGCCAGCUGAGACUGGUGUUUGUACUUAUUAUCAAAUACAUUCAAUAAAUCAAGCAAGCGGUAUCCCUAUUGGUCGACCACUUCCAAACUAUCAAUGUCUGAUUCAUGACGAAUUUGGACAACUCGUGAUCGUUGGUCAACAGGGUGAACUGUUAGUAGGAGGUGUAGGUGUAUUUGCUGGUUAUCUUGGCCGCGAUGAUUUGACAGAAAAAGCACUAGUCAAAAUUGACGGUGUCACAUAUUAUCGGACAGGCGAUCUCGUUAGAAUCGAUAGCAAUGGUUUGAUCUAUUAUAUCGGCCGCACAGAUCAUCAAGUGAAAUUGCAUGGACAGCGUAUUGAAGUGGAGGAAAUCGAACGAUGUUUACACGACAUUCACAUUACCACUUGUGUUGUCGUUAAAUGGGGCGAAGACCAUUUGGUGGCUUAUGUGGAAGGCUCUGGUAUUAGUGAAGAAGAUUUGCGCACACAUUGCCGCUUACAUCUCCCACCAUUCAUGGUCCCUUCUGUGUUUGUCAUACUUGAUCAAUUACCAUUGAAUGCGAAUGGAAAAGUGGAUCGGAAGCGUUUACCUGCUCCCGACUUUUCAACAGCAAGGGAUGCUGACCACUUGGAUUCGUUGAUUUUGACACCUCUUGAAGAACGUAUUCGCAAUAUAUUCGCCGAAGUUUUUCACAAUGAACAACCCAAUGUGAACAUUUCAUUCGGACGAAUGGGUGGCACAUCACUAGAUGCCAUGCGAGCACUUUCAAUGAUUCGAAAACAAAUAUGCAUGAAGGUUGACGCCACAGUUCUAUUUGCUAAUCCUUCAGUUCGACAACUCGCUCAAGCUCUUCAGCCAUUGCUAGAUUUGCAGGAAGACCCUGUCACAACCGUGACGCCGAAGUUAGAAGAAAAUUCCAAGCGACCAACACCCUUCUUUUUUAUUGAAGCAUUAGGCAUUUUGCUACUCGUAUGCCAAUGGCUAUUUCCUAUAUUGGCAGCUUGUCGGUCUGAGUCUUACUUCACUUUUAUUUUUAUACCCAUAAUUCAUCUUUUAUCGUAUAUCGUUUGUCAGCGCUUCCUUUUAUGGCUAGGAGAAGCUACAAAGAAUGAUGACAAAUUGUAUUCGUGGGGCUAUUAUCGUUGGUGGUUUUUAGAGCGUUUAUGGUCAAUAAACAGUUCUUAUUGGUUGCGACAUUUGUUGGGUACUCCGUUUUACAAUUUUUUUCUUCGGCUGUGUGGCGCACGGAUUGGCCACCACGCACACAUUUACACAACAAUUAUCGAUGCUCCUUGGAUGGUUCAAGUUGGUGAAUCGACAUUCAUUGGCGAAGAAACCAUACUCUCUAGUUUGUCAUAUCAUGAUCGAACAUACCAGCUUCAUCCAAUACGUAUCGGAUCACAUUGCUCGAUUGACAGGCGUUCUGUACUCUACGAUGGUGUGACAAUCCAGAAUUACGUUCACAUCGGACCCAUGUCUGCAAUUACUGGCUACAUUUCAGCACCGGUUGACUACAAAACUAUCAAGAAUCGAUUCUUGUCAUUGAAUCAAAUUUUAUAUCAACUUGCCUGUCUACUCUGUCUUCUUUUCACUCAUGGUAUGCUCCUGUCCUUAAGUUAUGUCAUAUUCUAUUGUUGCUCGAGUUUGUGGUUUCCACUGCCAGUAAGUCUUGCAUUGAGCUGGUUAUUUUGGGCAUUAGCAAGUUUAAUUGCCGCCUUAUUCUUGUUGAAAUUUGUUGUGGGCCAAGUUUCACCAGGCGACUAUCCACUCAAUUCCUACUACUACUUGCACAAGCUAUGGCUACGUCAACUGAUUAUAUCAUCAUUCCAUCGUUCGUUCGAAUGUUUGCGUAUAUUUGAUUCCGUUACACCUAUUCUCCUUCGUUGGUUGGGCGCUUACGUGGAAGAUGAUGUCAAGUUGGCUCAAUUUGCACGGAUAUUAUCUUUUCCACCAAAUCUUCUCAAAGUUGAAUCCAGUGUGACAGCAUUUGGAGAAGUCAUGUUUGCAUCAUUUGAAAUGACACCUAUGGGCCUCUGUCGUUUGAAUGAGAUCUAUAUUGGUUCGGGCUCAAAUGUUGGUAACUGGUGUGUACUUAUGCCAGGCAUACGGCUGGCAGCCAAAACAGUCGUUGGCAUUCAUACUGUUGUCACACAAGAGACAAACAGUUCUGACACUGGUGUAGUCUUGCUUGGUAUUCCAGCUCGUAAAAUGCCCUUUAUGAUGCCCGAUAACAUAUCUUCCAUAAGCCAUAUGCCAUCUCUUGGAUCUUUAUCUGUUUAUACUAUUCUUUUCACUUGUCUUACCUUUUUCAUUGGCAAAUGUACCUUCGUCGCAUUAUAUACUUUGCUACCUUUUCCUGCGGCAUUAUUUGUCCAUGGAGCUCUGUGCUGUACUGCCUACCAUUGUUCGGUUUCACAUAGAGGAAAACGUGCACGCUUCACGUACUCAGAGGUAGUUAAUAACGCACGAGAAUUGUUCAGUGCAUUGAUAGUCGACUUUCAGCUUUUCGUCUGUCCAUUUCUCUCGGGAACACAGUUUCUUAAUUUUCUUUUUCGUGCCCUCGGUACACGGAUCGGACAUGAUGUUAUUCUGCCUGAUAUUAAUUCUCUCCUUGAUCCUCAACUGGUAACGAUUGGUGAUCAUGUUCGCUUGAACAUCGGCGCACACAUUCAGGUAACCCACGUUUUAUCAUUACUUCAUUUUCACUUUUUUUCUUUUGUUCUCAUCUAUAGUGUCAUACCUUCGAACAGCGCCUUCUGAAACUGGCACCCGUUACUAUAAAUAAUUCGAGUAUACUUAUGAGUAGAUCCGUGGUGCUCUCUGGAUCCAUUCUACAGGGACGAAAUCGUAUCUUUCCAUGCACACUUGUGAUGAAGGAUGAUCAACUGCCAUAUAACACAAACUGGUCAGGUGUACCGGCCCAACAGGUCUCCUGAAAUCCGGUGAUGAACUUUCCAUUUUCAUUUUUCAGUCUUUUCGCUCUUCUACCAAAUUAAUUUUUCCAACCUUAUAUUAUGAUAAAAAUUUAUUCUCCCACUAAUUACAUUCAUAUGUAAUGAAGGAUGCGUGUGGGUGUGGGGUAUGGGUGUGAGUUCGGGUGCGGGUGCGGGUGCGGGCAUGGGUCUAAAUGGUGUUCAAAGAUGGAUCCACGCCCGCUACGCUGUCAUCAUAGAAGGACAUCAAAUCUUGUGAAAUGACAUACUAUAAGAUCUGCAUCUAGCACUGCCAUUUAGAGAGACAUCAUAAAUAGUGCAGUGAGUGUUUGUUCUAAACACUAGUAAAUUUCUACCUAAAAUAAAGCGUGUAAGCUGAAACUUUACUUUUUCAUAGAUGUUUAUGAAUAAUAUCAGUGGCAUUUGAUAGACAAUUAAUUGCUGGAUGAGAAAGCGGCACAAUCCUUGUAGUUUGGAUAAACAAUAAAUCUCGUGCAACGAUAGCUUCAAAUGAAUAAUUUGACGUAGAUAAUAAUCAACAUAGAGCAUAUCAGUCCUAAAAAAAGAUUUUCUUUCUUGGGUUUCAUUUACGAUGAGAAUAUUCAACGUGUCUUUUUGUGUACUCAAAACGUGAGUACACUCUGGAAACGGUCAGUGUCUCCGUCCGUCCGUACGUCCGUAUACACGAUAACUUUUGAAACGAGCGUCAGAUCGCGAUGAAAUAUUCUACACAGUUUAGUCUCAACAAUAAUUCGGUGGAGUUCGAAGAUGAGAAUGAUUGACCGAGCCGUUCCUGAGUUAUUGCAAAAAUAGUUAUUUUUCCCUAUGCCUUCCUAUGCGAAAAUCAACCCCUUCCCGCUUUCGUGAAACACUUUUCCUAUCAUAGUCAAAUAAAACCACAACUAUUAUAUACUAUUCGAUAGAGAAUUUCACGAGCUACAAAAUGGUAUAUAAAACAUAAAGAAACAAGAAGGCUAACUCACCUAAUGCAAAGAUAAUUAAACGGAAAUUGGUGCUGUUUUUGUGCACGCUCUGAUUGAUCCACAAUUAGCGCUCUACCUUUCGAUCACAGACAUGGUACUUCGAGGUUUUCUGUGGAGAAGAACUCGAAUCUGUACUCCACUUGCCUCGAAAUAGCAUUGGUUGAGCAGGGACCAAUAGAAAUCAAGUUAUAGGAAAAACGACUUUCUUAGGGCAAGUCAAGGCGAAGAAUUCAAAUCUGAGGGUGUGGGUGUGGGUGUGGGUGUGGAUGUGGGUGUGGGUGUGGGUGUGGAUGUGGGUGUGGAUGUGGGUGUAG